UCACAGUUCUAGAACAUUCUUCCUGCAUGCCCACUUUAUUAUGCUAGUGGUCUCUGGGACCUCUGGUGGUUGUUCCUUCAUCAUCUUCCUCUUCAUCACCUUGUCCUUUGGCUGAACUUCAAGUCUGGAAAGUCCCGUCAUCAAGCCAACUGCCACUAGUCCAGUUCUGCCUGGUCAUUCUGAAACAUUUACCCAAGAUACUUUCUCACUGUCAUCUAUUACAAUAUCCUACUUUUUCAAUGUCAUCUAUUACAAGGCCACAAAGCCUAACUGAAUUUAAAAGAUUUGUACUUCCUUGUCUCAACUCUUCCUAAGUUAUCAACUAAUGCAACAACUAGGAGGGAACAAUUCUGUGCUGUGAAGUGAUUGGUGACCUUGCAACAGAAGAGGCCCUGAAGGCAGAUGCUUCGCUGCCCCAUAACCUGCCACAACUAGACUUCUCCACAGAUUGUCUGGCCAGCGCCUGAAACCCUACUCCUUCUAUACUCAGGUAUUCAUGUUCACUUCUGUUCGUUCUGUCCUUGCAGGAAACUGAGUAUUUUUGACAAUAGAAUAUUGAGGGCUUGCCUCUGAGAAUGCAAAUAAAUCACUCCCCUAGCUUUACAAUCCCAAGCUAGACUUGGCAUUGAGGAAGGCAAUGGCUGUGUCCUCAGAGAGAGCACAUUACUGGAUGAUGGCUCACCAAGGAUCCACUUCUGCAGCUUGCAUCAGGCCACAAAAUAAUUGUGUCACAAAACCAGAGGAAACUGUAAAUGACAGAGACUGACUCAGCACAGUCAUCUCUAGAUAAACCAAAUGAAGAAUUCUUUCGUAACCCCUUUGCUCUGCAAGCCAGUUUUGGGUGUGUCAGUCAGAGAAAAGCUUCUCACCAGCAACUAGCAUUGUUUCACUCAUUUUCAGAUUAAAUAGGAAAUACUUUUUGCUGCACCUUGUGUGAGUUAUAGAACAGAUCACAGGAAGGUGCUGCCAAGUUCAUAAAGCUAAGCAGAUUUCUCAGGGCACUGGAAAAAGCCUAUUCUUUUUACAUCAGGGCACUACUCUGUCAUGACUAAUAGCUUCUGCAGGUACUCACCAGCAGGCUCAGGUCUUGUUCUCAGGGUGCCCACAUGAAUACAGUCCUCUUCCCAGUUGGGAAGUUUCAUAAAUACCUGGGUGUUUCCCCAGAACAAACUGUUCACUGCCAUAGAUCUCCUGGCUGCUGGACAGCUUGCUUAGAUUUGGCCUGAAAGUGUCUGCCUAGUCACUGAGCACAAUGUGGUCCUCACACACACUGAGAGUCUUCCUGGCUUACGUGAGGAUCCAGGUUCAAGGGUGUAUGAGUAGUCCUUGAAACUCCAGAGAAUGGUCCCAUGAAGGAAAACGGCAGUAACCAUCACCACCUGCUGGAGACCCACAAAAUCACCAGCUUUUGCAGAUCACGUCGUCUGUUUCCUUCUCUCUACUGGGUUCUGCCCAACUUGCUGUUGAUAUCUGGAAAGUUAUCUGCCAUGCCACAGCUAUGUGACUUGAUGCCAUUUGUGUAGACGUUCUUCCUCUCUUGGUGCACUGGGGUGAUUAGAGAAGUUAUGCUUUUCUAUUCUGGGGCUAGUGAUAAGGAAGAGAUAUAAGUUCUGUUCUUCACUGCAAAAAAAAAAAAAAAAAAAAGGCUCACAUGUUAAUUCCAGCUUCCAGCAGGCAAGCUUGUCUACAACCUCGGAUCCACUUCCGAAUGGGACUCACCCUCUUUUGGAAAACUUGCUUUCAGUUUCACCCAGUGGGGUGGUUUGUUUGCAUAAAGACAAGUCACCACGAGGAAAUAUUCAGUUCAAUAACAUCACUAAUGUCCAAAGCUCAGUCUUGGGGAAUAGAAACCGAAAAAAAAAUAUGGAAGACUAAUAAAAGGACAUCCAUCACCCAAGAGGUGACAGGCAAAUCCAGAAAUAUCCAUGGCUGCUGUCACUGAUAGAGAUCCUGCACCCAGAGAGAACAACCAAAGAUGGAAGAUACAGCCAAAGGACUUCAAAAGAAAUUAUUUGCCUAACCAACAUCCAAAGAUGGUGUGCCUGCUGUAUGAAAUCAGAUGGAGCAGAGGUACCAUCUGGAGGAGCUGGUGCUCAAACAAUUCUACCCAACAUGCUGAAGCCAACUUCUUGAAAAAUUGUUUCAAGGCCAAGCCAUCAGUUUCUUGCUCCAUUACCUGGGUCCUGUCUACUACACCCUGUGGGGAAUGUUCCAGAAGAAUUCUGGAUUUCCUGAGUGUAUAUCCCAAUGUGACCUUGGAAAUAUAUGCAGCCAAGCUAUUCAAGCACCUGGAUAACCGUAACCGGCAAGGUCUCCAGAACCUGGCAAAUAAUAGAGUCAGUAUACGUAUCAUGAAUCUUGAAGAUUACAAUUACUACUGGAAAAGAUUUGUUGCAUACCAACACGGAGAAGAUGAUUAUUGGCCCUGGAGUUUCGCUCCAUACAUCUUUCUGAAUUGGACAGAGCUCUGCCAUAUCCUUUUGGGACUUCCUCCAAUGCUGGCAAACUGAAUACUAACAAGCAUCAGCAGCAUGCCUUCUUUCUACUGCAGCCUUGAGCUAUGAGCUUCAUAAUGCCACCAGAGAAAGCUCUUAUCACUGGCGGGGCUUUGCCAGUAUUUGACACAACAGAAGGAGCAUGUGAGAAACCAUCAGAAAGUUUGCAUGAGGCUGCAGGACACAGUACUCUGUUACAGAGAGUAACAUCUUUCAUGUUCUGAUCUGAUCCAAAGAAGUAACCAGGGCAAUGCAUUCUGGUUUUGAGAAUUUCUUAUGAAUCUCACUUUUAUGGCUAUCUGUGUAAUAUUUCAGAUAAUACUUCAUACUAGUACAGUAUUUAUGUAAUAUUACUGUUAUAUUACUGCUUUUAUUAAUGUAUAAUACAAUUAUAUUACUAAGGAUUAUAUUGCUUCAUUUUAAGGUUUUAUUUUCCCUAUUUUUAUGACUUUGGAAACAAUGGAAUAAAAGAGAAAAUGUCAA